AUGCGAAUCCUCGUGCUGGAAAGCAUACUGCCACGCGCUGAGAACAUAAAGAGCAGUGCUACACCCUUUUUUCACUUAUACCUCUCAGGUGAACGACAGCUGCUUAAUGAAAAAACAAGCCCGACCCCGAAAACUUGGGCAAAUCCUCGAUCCUAUGUACCAACCCGUGAAUACUUUUCUUCGGCGACGAUAGUCAAUACCACAGGAAGCAUGACUGAACGUGAGACUCUCGUGUACUGCGCAAAACUUGCCGAGCAAGUUGAGCGUUAUGAUGAGAUGGUUGACCUCAUGAAAAAGGUUGUCGAACAGGAUAAGGAACUAAGCGUCGAGGAAAGAAACUUGCUUUCCGUGGCCUAUAAAAAUGUAAUCGGCGCACGUCGAACUUCCUGGCGUGUCUUUGGAGGGUUGGAGGGAUCCGUACAAGUCCGGGGGAAUACAAAGGGUGUUGGGCCGUUGAAAAAAUAUCGCGAGCAGUUGGAAUCGGAAAUCAAUAAAGUGUCUACCGAAAUACUGGAUCUCCUGGACAAAUAUUUGAUCAAGUCUACUACUGGGGCGGAUUCCCGGGUUUUCUACCUAAAGAUGAAAGGUGACUAUUAUCGUUAUAUGGCAGAAUUUGCUGUUGGCGAUCAGAGAACUGCGGUUGCUGCAAAGAGUAACGAAGCAUACCAGGAGGCAACGAAUAUAGCUGCUGAGUUACCUCCGACCCACCCCAUCAGGCUUGGUCUUGCUCUCAAUUACUCGGUUUUCUUCUACGAAAUAAUGAAUGCUCCUCAGCGAGCAUGUCAGCUGGCGAAAGCCGCAUUCGACGAUGCCAUCGUGGAGCUGGAUCAACUCUCUGAAGAGAGUUAUAAAGAUUCCACCUUGAUCAUGCAGCUGCUGCGUGACAACCUCACAUUAUGGACGUCUGAUGCAGAAGGGGAGGGGUCGAGAUGGCUCAAGUGGUUAGAGCUCGAAUUUACUGGUGGGAAGGUCCGUGGUUCGAACCUGAACUCUGCCUCUCGACCUCCCCUGUCUAGGCUUGGGCAACCUGGCAGUAUCCCAGUCCUCCCAUUGAUGUGGCCCGUCUCGGGGUCCCCAUCCAGGAAGACGGCAGUGACUAGCGCAGCUGAGUUUGCUGGUAAUGACUCUCGUGCUUCGCUGCCAAGUCAUUGUUUGACCGCCUCUGGCUCUCUUUCACCCUUCACGUGGUUGUGCGAAGAGUCUGAGGAAAUCGGUCGACUGGCAUACACAGCACUUGGCCAAGCCAGAGCAACCUAUGCAGUGUGA